GAAGAGGUGGAGUGGGGGAGGCCUCUCUGCCUGCCUGCCUCCAUUCAUUUUGAUUCCGCAUUUUGUCGCUCUCCAAGCCAAAAGAAAGGGAGUUGGGGAGAUCCCUUUCAGGCAGCCUUGGAUUCCUUGUAAGAGGAGGAGGAAAAUAAAAGAAGAGGAAUAUUCAAACUUGUCUCUUUGGGAAGCCUGAUUUCUUCUCUCUGAAAUUUGUUUUUAUAAUUUUUUGUUGGGGGGGUGCGUUGAAGAUUUCCUUCCCUUCGUUGAUCUGUGGAUUUCUCCUUUUGUUGAUCGGAAAGCCCCGGCGCGCACGCACCUCCCAGCCUCUCUCUGUUUUUAUUUAGGGGGGGGAGAGAAAGAAAGAAAGAAAGAAAGGGGGGGAGCAAAAGAAAAGAUGGAGGUCGAAGAUGCGGACUGUUUGCUCCAACGCGGGAUAUGUUUGCGACUUCGGAGUGACUGCAGGCGACGCUGAGCACAACGACCGGCUACCUUUCGCCGGCCUCCGAGUCGGAAGAGGUGCUCUUUUGCAAGCACCGAAACAGGCUUUUGGUGGUUUGUUUUGUUUUGCUUUGCACCCCCCUCCCCCGGUUUCAUCCAGAGGGGGACAGAAAAAUUUGCUUCCUAAAGAGGGAGGAGAGAGAACCAUUUCUUGACUCCAAAUCAUCCCCGUAUUCCCCCCCCAUCGUUGAGUUUUUGAGGGGGGAGAGUCGGAGAUUCCCCCUCCCCAGUGUUGUUUUUUUCUCCUUGGGGAGGGGAGAAGAAUUGAGGACUGCAAACUGCCCGGCUUUUGUUUUUGUCUGUAUAUCUGUAAGAAGGCGAUUUUGUCCCCAAAGAAUCCUAACAAAAAUAGAGGAAUGAAGUCAGGCGCCGGAGGAGGGUCCCUGACCUUGCUUGGGGGGCUUCUGAUGAUCUUGAUCACAUUUUGCCUGUGGCCGGCAAAUGGAAAAAUUUGUGGGCCAAACAUUGACAUUCGGAACAAUAUGGAGGAACUGAAGCAGCUCGAGGAUUGUACGGUGAUUGAAGGGUUUCUCCGAAUUUUGUUGAUCAACCAAGCAGAGGACUUUAGCCAUUUCCGCUUCCCAAAGCUAACCAUGAUCACAGACUAUCUAUUGCUGUUCCGCGUGGCAGGCCUGGAGACCCUCAGCGACCUCUUCCCGAACCUCACGGUGAUCCGUGGCAAGAACCUUUUCUACAAUUACGCGUUGGUCAUCUUUGAGAUGACGAACCUCAAGGAAAUCGGGCUGUACAACUUGAGGAACAUAACCAGGGGGGCCAUCCGGAUUGAGAAGAAUUCUGACCUGUGUUACCUCUCCACGUUGGACUGGUCUAUAAUCUUGGAUGCUGUCUCCAACAACUACAUCAUAGGGAAUAAGCCACCUAAGGAAUGUGGUGACUUGUGUCCGGGGACAGCAGAGGAAAAGCCACUGUGUGAGAAGACCUCCAUUAACAAUGAAUACAGCUAUCGCUGCUGGACUUCCAACCACUGCCAGAAAAUUUGUCCCAGCUCUUGCGGCAAAUAUGCUUGUACAGACCAGAACGAAUGUUGCCACCCGGAAUGUUUGGGAAGCUGCACGACUCCAAACAACAGCUCAGCUUGCGUGGUGUGCCGCAACUACUACCACGAGGGGACCUGCGUCCCCACCUGCCCCCCCAACACUUACAAGUUUGAGGGCUGGCGCUGUAUCACGAAGGAGAAUUGCUCCAGAGUCCCAUCUGCGGAUCCCCUCGAGUAUGAGAGCUUUGUGAUCCACGACGAUGAGUGUGUGCACGAGUGCCCUCCUGGAUUUGUGCGCAAUGAUACUCAGAGCAUGUUCUGCAGCCCUUGUGAAGGACCCUGCCCCAAGGUGUGUGCAGAUGACAAGCAGACGAUGACCAUUGACUCCGUCACGUCAGCACAGUUGUUACAAGGAUGCACAGAAAUCAGAGGGAACCUCCUUAUCAACAUCCGCCGUGGAAGCAACAUUGCCUCAGAACUGGAGAACUUUAUGGGCUUGAUAGAAACAGUGACUGGCUAUGUGAAGAUCCGCCAUUCACAUGCGCUGGUGUCCCUAUCUUUCUUGAAGAAUCUGCGAUACAUUAACGGAGAGGAGCAGCUGGAGGGGAAUUACUCAUUUUAUGUUCUGGACAACCAAAACCUGCAGCAACUGUGGGACUGGAGUCAUCAUAACCUGACCAUCAAGGAAGGCAAGAUGUACUUCGCUUUUAAUCCCAGACUCUGCGUUUCUGAGAUCUACCAAAUGGAGGAGGUUACUGGAACCAAAGACCGGCAAAGUAAAGGCGAUAUAAAUCCGAGGAACAAUGGAGAGAGAGCCUCCUGUGAAAGCCACAUUCUGAAAUUUGUUUCCAACACUACCAUGAAGAAUCGGAUCAAGCUAACCUGGGAACAGUAUCGCCCUAAAGAUUACAGGGAUCUGAUUAGCUUCACUGUUUAUUACAAAGAAGCACCUUUCAAGAACGUGACAGAAUAUGAUGGACAAGAUGCCUGCCGCUCCAACAGCUGGAAUCUAGUAGAUGUAGACCUUCCUAACAAUAAAGAGGACAACCCGGGGAUUUUACUGCAGGCACUUAAACCAUGGACUCAAUACGCCAUUUAUGUCAAGGCUGUCAUGCUUACCAUGAUGGAGAAUUACCACGCUCAUGGAGCAAAGAGCGAGAUAGUCUACAUACGAACUAAAGCUGCAGUACCCUCCGUUCCUCUGGAUGUCAUCUCGGCUUCCAACUCCUCCUUUCAGCUGAUUGUGAAAUGGAACCCUCCCACUUUCCCCAAUGGCAACCUGUCCUACUAUCUUGUGCGAUGGCAACGGCAGCCCCAAGACAGUUACCUGGACAGGCACAACUAUUGCUCCAAAGAUAAAGUCCCUAUUCGGAGAUACGCCGAUGGCACCAUUGAUACCGAGGAAGCGACUGAGCCUACCAAGCCUGAGGGCUCUGGGGGAGAACGGGGGCCUUGUUGUGCCUGCCCAAAGACGGAGGCAGAGAAGCAGGCAGAGAAAGAGGAGGCAGAGUACCGGAAAGUCUUUGAGAAUUUUCUGCAUAAUGCCAUCUUUUUGCCCAGGCCUGACCGGAAGCGCCGAGACUUGUCCCAAAUUGCAAACACGACUUUCAGCCACAAGAACCGGACUGCAACCGUCCCAGAGCACUUUGCCAAUGAGUCGGACACGGAGGAGGGCGAGAUGGAGUUCCCCUUCUCCGAAACCAAAGUGGAAGGCCGGGAGCGGACGCUCAUCUCCCACCUCUUGCCUUUCACGCUCUACCGUAUUGACAUCCACAGCUGCAAUCACGAAGCUGCCAACCUGGGCUGCAGUGCCUCUAACUUCGUUUUUGCAAGAACUAUGCCUGCAGAAGGAGCUGAUAACAUUCCAGGACCAGUAACGUGGGAAGGGAAGGAAGAAAACACAAUAUACCUCAAGUGGCCAGAACCUGUUAGCCCCAAUGGGUUGGUCUUGAUGUAUGAAAUCAAAUAUGGGCAAAAUGGAGAGGAGAAACGGGAGUGUGUUUCAAGGCAAGAAUACAAGAAGCUUGGGGGAGCAAAACUGGCACUGCUGAACCCUGGAAAUUACACUGUCAGAGUUCAAGCCACAUCGCUGGCUGGGAAUGGAUCCUGGACUGAGCCAAUCUCGUUCUAUGUCCAACCGAAACCAGCGAAUUAUGGGAAUUUCUUGCAUCUGAUCAUUGUUCUGCCCAUUGCGGUCCUAUUGAUCAUUGGAGGACUUCUCAUCAUGCUGUAUGUCUGUAACAAAAAGAGGAACAGUGACAGGCUUGGAAAUGGAGUUCUCUAUGCGUCUGUGAACCCUGAAUAUUUCAGCGCUUCAGACGUGUAUGUUCCAGACGAAUGGGAAGUACCCCGGGAAAAGAUUACCAUGUGCCGAGAGUUGGGGCAGGGCUCCUUUGGGAUGGUGUACGAGGGGAUAGCUAAAGGUGUGGUCAAGGAUGAGCCAGAAACCAGGGUGGCUAUCAAGACGGUCAAUGAGUCGGCGAGCAUGCGGGAGCGGAUCGAGUUUUUGAACGAGGCUUCGGUGAUGAAGGAGUUCAACUGCCACCAUGUUGUGCGGCUGCUUGGAGUGGUGUCUCAAGGCCAGCCCACGCUGGUCAUCAUGGAACUCAUGACGCGUGGAGAUCUAAAGAGUUACCUGCGGUCUCUCCGGCCAGGCACGGAGAAUAACCCAGCCCAUAUUCCUCCAGCCUUAAAGAAGAUGAUUCAGAUGGCCGGUGAGAUUGCAGAUGGCAUGGCCUAUCUCAAUGCCAACAAGUUUGUCCACAGAGAUCUCGCUGCAAGGAACUGUAUGGUGUCUGAGGACUUUACUGUGAAAAUUGGAGAUUUUGGCAUGACGAGAGAUAUAUAUGAGACUGAUUACUAUCGGAAAGGUGGGAAGGGCCUGUUACCAGUCCGCUGGAUGUCCCCAGAAUCACUGAAGGACGGCGUAUUCACAACACACUCGGAUGUCUGGUCCUUUGGCGUUGUCUUGUGGGAGAUAGCCACAUUAGCUGAGCAGCCUUACCAAGGCAUGUCCAACGAGCAAGUUCUUCGCUUUGUGAUGGAGGGCGGCCUUUUGGAGAAGCCAGACAACUGUCCUGACAUGCUUUUUGAACUGAUGCGCAUGUGCUGGCAGUACAACCCCAAGAUGAGGCCCUCCUUCCUUGAGAUCAUUGGGAGCAUUAAGGACGAGCUCGAUCCAGCCUUCAAAGAGGUCUCCUUCUUCUACAGCGACGAGAACAAGCCGCCCGACACUGAAGAGCUGGACCUGGAGACAGAGAACAUGGAGAGCAUCCCCUUAGAUCCUUCCUCGACACUCCAACCUUCUGACAAACACUCAGGACACAAAGCGGAGAACGGUCCCGGCGUGGUGGUCCUGCGGGCCAGCUUUGAGGAGAGGCAGCCUUACGCACACAUGAAUGGGGGCCGCAAGAAUGAGCGCACCUUGCCUUUACCCCAGUCAUCGGCCUGCUGACCUUUCAGAACCAGGUUUUUGCAAGUACGUGCCUAAUGCACGUGCGUCAGGAGAGGGGCGGGGGAAAGAGAGCAAGCAAGGAAGCAAGGAAAAAAUGUUCAAAAGCCUACUGUACCUCGGUGGAUUUUCAGAACUGUCAUAGCUGCACACAGGAGAAUCCUCUCUUCAGUUAGAAGUUGAAAUAAUAUUUUCUCUCUUUUUUUUCAAUAUGCAAGCAGAAGAUUGUUUCAAAGCAAAAGAACUCUGUACAAUGGGGCACACACUCAGCCUUCUAAAACUCUUAACAUUGACACUUAAUAGCAGCCGAAAACUUGAGAAACUGAGGUGUGUAUCCCCUUUUCUAUCCUUCCUUCCUGCUUCAUAAUGGGAAACAUAUCUGCGUGAAGUUCAGCUGUACGGCACUUUUUUUUAUCACAUCAAAACAAAUUGCAAGCCAACAGGCAUUCUCUCUGUUCCCUCUUGCAAAGCACCUGCCUAACACCGCAGGUUGUUUAAAAAAAAAAAAAAAGCAAGAUUUAAAGAGAGAGGGGGAAAAGACUGGAUUUUUAAUGUUAUUCCUUAAUCUUUUUAGGAUCACAUUAGAGAAAAAAGGAAGGCCAUUAUUUGUCCAAGGUUGUAAACUGUUUUCAACUCUGCCAAAUUUUGCCAAAAAAUAGCUUUCUUUUAGGAUUUUUCUUUUUUUGUAGGCGUGGAGGGAGCAAAAUAAUCACAUGUUCCCUUUAAAUGAAAUGCAGACCAAUACACUCCAAUCAUACACUGGCAUUUGUUUUAAAAAGAUCAAAUUGUCUAGAUUGUUUUCUUUUUUGACUGGACAAAAACCUGGUGGUUGUUUUUUUUUACGCGAUUGAGAACAUAACAGGGUUUGAGGUUAAAUAAGUGACCCACCCUUUAAUUCUGGACAAAACUGGCAAUGGUGAGCCAAAUCAGAGGGGGAAACAGAUCUGUCUUGUGCUGAAACUCAACAGCACUCCAAAAUGGAAAUAGACAAAACCAGAAGGAAUUUCCAUGAGUUGUUCUUGCUGUCUUCGACAGACUUGUGGGGCAACACUUGAGACAAAUACACACACACACACACACACAAAGGGAGAAGAAUAGCCAAUUAAAUGGAUUCAAGCAUCCAACACUUUGUUGACCUUUUUUCUCUCUGUUAUUAAGACUUCAAAGGGUCUUGCAGUUCUAUGUUAGACCAUGGAUCAUUUGCAUACACAUUUGUCUUUUUGUGUCACUUUUAUAACUUUUUUACAGUUCAGAUAACUCAUCUAUAUGUCUGUACAGAAAAAAAGCUGCUAUUUUUUUGUUCUUUAUCUUUGUGGAUUUAAUCUAUGAGAAAUCUUCAGGUCUAGCCCCUUUUUCCUUCUUGCCACCCCUUCUUCCUCCCCCCCCCCAAUUCCCAACAAGUUUCUAAUGCUUUGUACUAUAAUGUGUAAUUUCUAUCCUUUGUCAGCCACCACUUUCCCAAGACGUGAUACCUGAAACAUGAUUUGCCAUCAACUGUUUAAUGCCUUUUAUAAAUAUAUUUCUGCUUCUCUCUCUCUCUCUCCUUUCUCUGUAUUUCACCCAUCCCUUUUCUGCUAGUUGUUUUAACAGUAUCGAGGCUGUUUGGGCUACAGUGCUCUGGGUGGGUUGAGGGGUGGGGGGGGUUGACAUAUCCCCAGUGGCACACGUGCUUGUGUCAUGCCUGGGUGUGUAGCCUUUCCCCUUUUCAACCCUCCUUUCCUUUUUCUUGCCCUUUGCCCAUACAGCACCCAUGUCUGUUACAGUGCAAGGUAUGAUGCAAACUCAGGUCAGGAAAACAAGUUUAACUAUUUUAGCACAUUCUUAUUCAGUGUUCAUGUUCAUAUUGGUGUAUGAUAGCCUUGCCCCAAUUUCCUUUUGCCCUGUUUUUGUUUUUUGGUUGUCUCUCUCAAACAACCGCACACAUAAAAGGACAUGCAUUUUAACUGUUGGGCACAACAGCUGUUGAGCUGCCAAUACCUGGCUUUUGGGUCAUUUAAAACAACAACAGAUUGAACAGUUUUUUACCAUUCCAUCCUAUGAACAACACAUCUCUUUAGUUCUCAGUGCUGGUAACUUUACAAGGUUAUGAAACACAUGUAGAAAAAAGAGGGUUGUUGAUAGUUUGACUUUGCAGAAAAUGGUGAGCGGUUAAAAGUGAAAGGAGGCUACAAGAUGUCACGAGUGUUUGGGUCUGCUGUGUGCAUGAGCAAGCUGUUCCACUGCAGUAGCUAUGAAUAUCCGUAUAAGCUCAUGCUAAUAGUUCUGACCAAAACUCCCCAAACAAAGUCAAGAGGAAGUUGUUAGCUGAGUUGCAUGCGUUUUUGUAGAGGUCCAGGAAGUUUGCAAAAUUGAGGUGCCUUAACGCUUGUUAAUUCACCUGUAUUUAACUGCAUGGAAGUUCUAUAUUAGCACUGAUCCAACCAAAGUCUGAUAGCAAAAAAGAAGGGUUGUUCUGGGAUGGAAACGUUGAAUUAAUUCAUUGGGAGGGGUGUUUGACUGAGAACAAAGAGUUAAAAUAUAAUUGCUAGAUGUGACUGGACAUAAAGAUAUGUUUGUAGUGGUUUUUCCCCACCCUCAUUUGUGUAGCUUCAGUCCCAUUAUUUCCUUUUCACCUCUCCCAUAGUUAGUUAUUUUUCCCCUGUAUAAAAAAAAAAAAAGGAAAAAAAAAGGUAUUCUAUGUAGGAUUUUUUAAUUUAUUUUUGUGCUAUCAGUUUAAAUCACUGUAGAGACGACCCAUAAUAAAUUUUAAAUACUGAGAUAAGGGUCUUUGCGUUAUGACAAGGGGACAGUUUUUUUUUUCCAAACAUGUAUCUACCUCACUCUUAUUUUUGUGUGUGUAUAUAUAAAAAGUAUACAUCUCUCAGCAGCCAACAGUAUACUGUUGAUAUACCGGUAACCUCAUUCAUUGUACAAACCACAUUCUCCAGGCUUUGGAGAGGAGAGGUCACUGCCGAAUCAAAAAGGUCACUUGAAAAAGUUUGUAGCUGCUGUUUUUAAAAACACCCACGUGUGCUUUCUCUUGAUGGUGUGUUGAGGGUUGAAAAUCAUCAGUGAUCAUUUGAAAUGAAAUCAGUAACUGCUCAUAAAUCCUGUUAAAAUGAACAGGCACGGGGAAACCCUAGUGGAAUAUGAGGAGAUAUUCCACUUGAAAAGUAGGGCAUAGUGAAAGCACAACAAACCCAGCUCAUCCAUGCUGAGAACUAACGGCUCCCUGGCAACUGUUAAUACAUUUGUUGUGUGCUAGUUGUGUACUGAAUGUGCAUGGUCACUCUGCUAAAUAUGGAUAAAGAGCUGAGGCAGAUGCAUGUCCUUCAGAUGCCCCAAGCAUCGGAAAAGCAUGUUGGAAUGAAGUGAUGCCUACCUAAUAAUGAAGUGUGGUAGGUUCAGUUCGUUGGCUAAAUCAGACAGUGAAAUGUGUUGUCCUCAAAGCAAGAACCUGCUCAGUGUACAUGUUAGGAUCUUUAGGGAAGGAGACGGGGUCCUGCCACUGUUUAACAUGAGCACUGACACAUAUUUUAUUCUGUGUAGAUUGAAUGUGCUAAGAAUCUGAUAACCCACACCUCCAAAAGUAUGUGUUGUAGGUGUGGACUCUGAUCAGCCAGUUGUCAGAUUUGUCACUAGUUUACAAGAUAGGCUAUUAGCACAACUUAGUCUGCCAGUAUAUUUUAUAUGCUGUUGACCCAAUUCUGAAAGCUGUUCCUGCAGGUAUCGCUUGCAGCAUCUGAAUGUGUUACUUGGCUAGUUUUGGAAUGUAUCCAGCCUCUAAAAUACAUGACUGUGAUUACACACUUCAGCUGUCGCCUUGAGAUAGUGUCACUGUUUAGUUCCUGUGUUUGACUUCAGGGGGAGUGGGGAGUGGGGAGAGUCUAGAACUCCUGAUGUGCUGGGCUUCCCCUGGCUUAAUGCCCUUGAAUUAUUAUUGUUAUUGUGAUCUUUUUGUUAUUCUGGUGGUGGCCUCUGUUCUCUUGCACAUAUUACAUCUCCACAUCUGUGGGGAUCCUCAGAUCGUUCAGCUGGCUAAGAGGGUUUUGUUUAAAACUGUCCAAGUUAUUAUUAUUAUUAUUAUUAUUAUUAUUAUUAUAUGUAGGUGGUUUUAAAAUAUUAGGAGAGAACACUAACAAUGUAGUGCCCAUCUAAAAACACAUUUCAGAAGCAUUCAAGUGUAAGGCAGUCACAUGACUAAGCAAGUGGGCCCAUGUGAUAAGUCAGCCUGUCUGGACCAAACCACCUCAACUCUACCAUUGUGUUCUGCACUCACAAAACAUUUUGAAUAAUUCCACGUUGGUUUCCACAGCUCUUUGUAUUGGAAUGUGUCCGUCUGUCCGUCCGUCCAUCCAUCCCAGAUCAUAUAUUCCUGGUUUUUCCCAUAUAGUCCUUCCAUUGAAAAUAAACCAUGUUUUUUAUGCAUGUCAAACGGAGAAUUCAUAUUGGGCAUGAGGCUGCGUUUUUCAGGAAGACCAUCGCCUUGCACAGGAGAGAGAACUGAUUUUAGAUCUUGAUGGGUUUGAAUUAAAGUUAUUUGGAUUCAAGCUGUAAAAAUUUCUACUUGUAUUCUUAAUAGUAUAAACUCAGAAAACUGUGGCUCCUUCAGUGGCCAGAUGUGACUGUCCAACACAGAAAUAGAUGUGCUUCAAUGAAGGAAAACAAAAUUGCAUUACCUGGUCUAUUAUGUAUUUGGUUGAGAACGUAAGAGUAGCCUUGAUGGAUCAGACCAAAGGCCCAACUAGUCUUAGCAUCUUGUUCCCUACAGUGGCCAGUUAGAUGUUUUUAAGCAGUCCACAAGUGAAGCAUUGAAGGCUGCAGACCUUCCAGUUUAUCUCCUUGCAAGCAAUAUUCAGAGGGACAUUGCAUCAGAAUCCAGAUGUUCCAUGUAGCUUUCAUGGCCAAGUUAUUGGUAAGACCUCUCUUCCUCCAUGGAACCCCUUUUUAAAUCCAUGUGAGCCAGUGGCUAUCCUUGCAUCUUGUGGCAGCAAAUUCUGUAUUUUCUUUUGUGUGUACUGAAUCUGUUACCAUUGGGUAACCCAGAGAUCCAGCAUUAUGACACGGGAAUCCAUUUUCUCCACCCCAUGCAUAUUUUCUUCAACGUGUUCCUCCUUUUAGUGUUUUAUAUUCUAAUUGAAAGGCCCUGAACUCCUUAGCUUUUCCUUUGUAGGAAAAAUGUGUCAACCUCAUGACCAUUUGGUCUGCCCCUUUCCUGCCCCCUUUCCAUCUUGAACAUACUUGUUGAGAUGGGGAGACCACAACUGUACACAUUUCAAGAGCAUUUGCACCAUCAAUUUAUAAAACAACAUUAAAAUAUUUGUGUUAUUUUUAAUCAUUUUCCUAAUAAUCCUUAAUUUGCUUCUUUCAUUGCCACUGCAAAUGACUAACCACCACAACCCCCCCCCAAGAUCUGUUCAAAUCCAAUCACUGUAUAUGUGAAGUUGGGGGUUAUUAUUUUUCCCCAGUGUGCACCACUUUACACUGAAUCUCCCCUGCUACAUCCUCUGCUGGAGCUUUUUACAGUUGCCUUGAGUGUUCACUGUCCUGAAUAAUUUGGUAUCCUUCACAAACCUGGCUACCUCAUUGCUUACACCUGGCUCCAGAUCACUUAAAAGAACAAAUAAAAUAGGUUCAGUACCAAUACAGAUUCUGGUGGGAUAUCAUUGUUAAUAUUCCUCCACUGAGACAAAUUCCCUUUCUUCCUGUUCAUGUUUCUUUAAUGUUACCAAUCCAUAAGAGGGUCUAUCCUCUUACUCCAUGACUGCUAAGUUGGUUCAGGAGUCUCUGAUGAAGGACUUUGUCAAAUGAUUUUUGGAAGUCUCAAUAUAUAAUACCUAGUUGGAUUGUCCCAAUCUACAUGUUUGCUGAAAUUCUCAAAGAAUUCUGAAAUGUUGGUAAGGCAGGACUUCAAUUUGCAGAAGCCAAUCUGCUGUUUCUGUUCAAUAAUUCUUUAUUUAAGACAUGGACCUGUCUUUUUUCAGGGCCUCCUGGCUCCCAUUGAAAAAAUUGUGGGGAGAUUGGCUACUUGCUAAUUCUCAAGUGAGGAAGCCCAUUUGUAGUGGUGUAACUUGCAUAUUUUUAAGAGAAACAAUUUCACACUUGGAGUUUUUAAAGAACUCCUGCAUGUCAGCCAUCCAGAAAUGGUGACUUGUAAAAGUCUAGCCUAUCAAUUGGCUUAGCUCUAGGAGUUCAUGUUAUGUCAAUUUGGUUUGAUGUAGUUCUUCAGAUGCCUCCCCCCCACCAAAAGUGGUCCAUCCACACACAGGUUAUCUAUCACUGAGCUCUUUCAGUGGUGCAAGAGGUGGUUUGGUUCCAGAGCAAGGAAUCUUGUAUCAAUACAGAAGUGUUGCAUGCUUGGUUACUAAAUCAUAUGUUCAUCUUGUUAUGAAAAGAACUGGACACCAGAAGCAGAGUAUGAGACAGGGCUGAUUUCCAGCUAAACUUCCUCUGCUCCUUGAGAAUGGAUAUAAGAGAAGCUAAGAUUCUGCCAAAGUUCAGUGCUGAUGCUCCUGCUGAUACAAAAAGAAUUGCCCAGCCUAAGACUGGUCAUGAGAUGGAACUGCUGUUUAGAUCUCUGGGAACUGCUAUGGGUUGUUACUACAGUCCAUGGUUAUAUGAAUGACACUCCUGUUGUUGGUAUAAUGUUCUAUAUAGUUAAUAUUUUUUUUAAAAGAUGCCCAUUCCAGUAGUCAGUAACACUUUCUUGUUUCACUCUUUUAAUUUUGUUUGUCAAUGAUGUAUUCCAUCACUGGUUAAUGAUGAGUGGAUCAAUUUGGGGCUUUUGCCGUAGUUGCAUAGCCCAGCAAUGAACUCAAUAUAUGCGACUCCACUCUUUCUGAUUUUUUUAAAAUAAUUGGUACAAACAGAAAUAACAAGAGAGAAUGUUCAUGCAGCUUGAACACUUUUUGUUUUUGCUAGGGUGCUGAAGAUACAGAACCGAUGGGGUUGUAUUCUAGAAGUUUCUGGUUGGCAUCUCAGUUUGGAAGACCAAUUGGUUCUGAGUUGAGGCACUUGCAUUUCUUUUUAAUAGUUAGUUAAUAAUAAUGUUUAUCCAAACUGAAGAAAAAAAUAUGCAAGACUGUGUGAAAUUUAUGGGGCAGAAAUACUAUUCUACAAAGACAUGGUUUGCUUGAAGUUCGGCAUAGUUUACAAACCAUGACAAUAUCUGUGCCAGGAUUCACACCUGGUUAAUUUGAAGUUUCAGAAUUGAACUCUCAAGUAUACUAUGUAGAAUUUCAUAAAGUCUAAUUACUCAUUAUAAUAUAUCUACCCUGAUCCAGAAUUCCAUGUAUACAUGGAGUUCCUGCACAUGUAGGCUGCCCUGCUCACUUUAAUGGAAGGUAGCUCCACUGAAGCAAAUGUGGAAGGCCUUCCUGGAGUGGAGAAUAUGUUCUGCAUGUACUAGAGCAUUGGAAGGAAUUGCUGGACUGGGCCACCUGACCAUAAAUAAGUGUUGCACAAGUUCCAGAUAGCUUUCAUUAGAUGUGCAUGUGGAAUGGGUGUGUACUUGUGUGUGGUUGUCAUCUUUUAAUUUUGUAUCCUUUCUGUUGACUAGCAAUCCAUUAGCAUUUUCAAUAGGGCUCUUAAGUCCAGUAGAUUACGGGUAGUCAGUUGACAAAGUUCUGGUUUACAAAACAAACUAAUUACAUAUUUCAUUGCAUUUUAUAAGUACAUAGAAUGAUUUUUAUAGAAAUGUUUGUAGUUUAUAAAUGCCUAAAAAUAAUUUAAGGGCACUUUUCUGUGUGUGUGUGUGUGUCUAAGGUUUUUUCUUUUCUUUUUUAGGAUACUGGUUUUACUAGUUAGCUUUACAAUAUGCCAAAAAAGGAUCCUGUACCAACUCUUAAAUCAUGGUUCAUUUGUUGCCCCAAUUACACAGUAAACCCAGAAUAUGUUCUGUAUCUUCAGUCACCUGGUCUUCCAGAGCCCUCUGGAUGGGUGGGGUCAUCUUCAACUAGUCAUUUCACUUAUACUGUAUGUGUGCAUGUUGGGAGAAAACCUCAUUGGUUAAGGAAACAGAACCGUUCUUGCUGCUAACCAGUCUUUAGCUACAAUUCUAAGCAUGUUUCUCUGGAAGUAAAUUCCACUGAAAUCCAGGGUAAAUGCAUCUCUGAGUAAAACACGUUUGGGAUUGGAAUGAUUGUUUGCAUUAUUUAAGUUACCGGCUUUAUUACUGUUGCCUAGGUUGAUUGAAGGAUUUGACUUCAUAGUAUGACAACAUGGUGAAAGGCCAUUUUCAAUACUUAUCACUGAAAGAAAGAAAACUUAUGUUUACGGUUUCCUUAUUGCUUCUGUUCAAGGAAAGGUGGCUUAGUAUGCAGCCCAAACAAUCUGUGUAGAGAUUUAACAGCGUUAAAGCUUUGUUUUUAACAACCAUCAAGGGUACCUAUUUAUUAAUAGAAUUAUUUAAACAAGAAUGCCGAAGAUUCGAUUUCUCUAUCCAAAUUAAACAGGCUCCAUCCCCUCUUUACCCGAAAGAUUCUGGGAUAGUUCUGUUGCCUUUUCGAGGAACAUUUUUUCCCUGUUUUCUAAACCAGUGAGGUUUGAGAAGGAAGGAUGGGCCAGAGUUCUUCUACCUCUGGGACAAAAAAAAGUUGACAAAAACUAGAAAGUGCUAUGGAACUGAAUGCAUUUGCAAACAACAUUUUCCAAGUUACCUUAAAGUUUUUUUUAAAAAAAUAAAAAAUAAAACAGUAAUAACAUGGCCAAUUUAUUACAUAAAGACUUGCUAUGUAUAAAUUAUUCCUAAAUAAAUUCCUGUGUUUAUAUUAAAAUGAAUCGGUAGAUGAUGAAAAAAAAUUCAAAAUGUUUUUGUAUAUUCUGUUGUAAGAAUUUAUUCCUGUUGCGAUAUAUUCUGGAUUCUUUACAUUAUGAAAAAAAAGAACCUUUGUCUAUUUUGAAUGGCUGAAGCUAAGGCUGCUUUAGUUUCUCUUACUCUGCUUUUUUCUAGUAGUUACAGUACUAC